UCCAUUCCACCAACACCACACCAUGGCCACACUUGACGACAUGUCCCAGGGCCCCGACCAAGCCCCGCCACCGGUGCCGUCCAACAACAACUCCAUGCCUGAUCCCAUGGACCUGUCGGGCCAGGUCAACAGGCCAGCCUUCAAGUCGUGGAGGAAAAAGUAUCGCAAGAUGCGCAUGCGCUUCGACGACCGCAUGCGCGAAAGCAACAUGCUUUUCCGCGAGGAGCACAAGGCCAUGGCUCUGGCCCGUCGUCUGCAGGAACAGAACGACCAACUCCUCGACCUGCUUCUCGACAUCAAUGAGAAUGUCAAAAUCCCAAUGCACCUCCGAUACGACAUUUGCUCCAGCUCCGCCGACGUUCCCGACGAGGCAGGCAACCUAGAAGCCGCCCAGCGUCGGCUGCACGAGGCCCGCAACGACCUGGCCAGCGGCGUCAUCACGCCCGAAGUCUUUGCGCAGCUCGAGGCGCACGUAACGCGGCAGCUCAGCGACGCGCCGAUCAAGACGCUGACGUCGCUGCUGCGGACGCCGCACACGCGCGAGCCGCCCGACCCGCUGCCCGACGAGCUGGACAUUGGCAGCGAGCACCCGCCGGGCUACCUGAGCCCCAACCACGAGGACGAGUACCUGCAGGCGCUGGACAACGCGCUCAACGACCCGGCCAGCUACGAUCCGCAAGACUCGUCGGGACGGCCGAUCCGGCUCGCCGCGCGCGACAUCCCCAGCGAGAAGGAGCUGCAGAUCCGCAACCCGGACUCGGUGUACAACUGGCUGCGCAAGCACCAGCCGCAGGUGUUCCUGCAGGACAAGGAGAACGACAAAGAGGGCGGCGAGGGGACGGGCAAGGGCACCGGAAAAGGCGCCGGCAACGGCCGCAAGAAGGGCGGAGGAGGAGGUGGCGGCGGCGGCGGCGGCGGCGGUGCGGCCAAUGUCGCCACGCCCUCCAAGACGGAAGCCGACGACGAGGAAGGCGGUUUUGCCCCAGAGACGGGUAGCGCGCGCGGCAGGCGCAACAAGGACGACGAGCCGUACCGGCCCAAGGGUGGGAGCAGCCGGCCGACGAAGCGGAAGCGGGAGGACGGCGAAGCCAAGGGCAGCCGGAAGAAGGCGCCCAAGUCGAGCCUGGGCGGGCCGGCCAUGUGAGGCGGCCGACAGGCUUUUGUACGAUACCACGAUGGCGGAGUGUAGACGUGGAGAGGCGCGGGCUUUGGGCUGCGCAUCCAUAUACACGACGUUGCUUACGAAGCUUGCUAUUACUUCGGAUCGGAGAAUACUACUCUUACUUUUCUACUACCUAUCGGAUACUCCAUGUUCGUCUGUAUACCAAGGCCUAGCGGGAGUUAUGGGCAGAGAUCAUCAGACGUGGAGCGAAUGCCAGACGUCGAGUUGGUCAGCACUUCCGACCCUGGUAUCAAAUAUCCCGAGUAGAUUUAGCGCACCUUUCGCAUAUCUUUGCCAUUAUACAAGAGAGAUGUCGAUCUUAUCAGACUGGACUGUACCUACUCCUAUAGAUAUUGAAAUCAAUCUCACCCGCUGCAGCA